AUGCAAGCUUACUACGUGACAGUCUGUCUGUGUGCUUGGGUUAUGUGGACGCUUAAGCUUGUGAUAGCGCUGGCAGCUGCAUGUAUUGUGGCUGCGAAUGAAGAGGCGUACACACAAGAUUUUGAUCAUAACGAGGUGGCAGGAUUCGAGCAAUGGAUCAGCCCCGACCACCCUGGCAGUGCGUUGACCAGCUUCCAGCUCUCCACCUAUGUGCCAUUGCCCGAGACUCCUUCAUAUCCCUGGGCCUACGACCGAUUUUCUUACUCACAUUUGGUCAAAAUCCUCUAUGCUAAUUUGUGGCAAAAGCGUGGAGAGACAGACGACGUUGAAAAAUCCCCACCGGGACAGGUGGACGAUUUGUCCCAGUUUGACGACGGCACGGCUGGCCAGUUAUUCAAAAUCGGUGAAUGCUGUUUUUAUGGUGCGAAAACCCAACAAAACCUUACGCGGGCUUUCGAUUAUUAUCAGAGAGCUGCUGCUCUGGGCAGUGCUCCGGCUCAGUUCAUGAUGGGCCUCAGGUAUUCGACCGGUGUUUUCGGCAACUUCGAAACUGAUCAAGCAAAAGCACUAGUGUAUUAUACUUUCGCCGCAGAGGCCGGUGACUUGCGGUCUCAGAUGGCUCUCGGCUACAGAUAUUUUCAUGGAAUCGGCGUUGAACAAAGUGAUUCAAAAUCAGCUUUCUACUAUGGUGAGGCCGCAGAUAAGUGUAUGGAGUAUCACAGUAACGGUAAUUCGGUGGAGGGGUUUCGCAAAACGCCUAAAAACAGUUGGAUUAUUGCCGACGAGUUCGGCCGCGGAGUCUACGAUUUUUUGAUGCACGAGACGUACUCCAUUUCUCCAGCAACAACAGUUUUGUUACAAGCAAUGAUUGGAGAAAAAGACGAGAUUUUGGACCAGCUCGAGUUUUCUGCUUUGGAAGAAGACGACAUGAGGGCGCACUUCAUUCUAACCCAGUAUUACAGCCGAGGUGGAUCGUUCAAUGAGCCUCAAUAUGAGAGGGCCAUGGCCCACGCAAACAACGUGAUUGAUCAAUUUGAUAGACUGCCGGGGAAACCCGAUUCAGAAGAGAUAUUCAUGGCCAGCUUCUGUUAUGUUUUCAUUGGCGAUCGGUAUCGUCGCGGAGAAGGGGUUGAGAAAAACCUCGAGAAAGCAAAGUAUUAUUACGAGCUUGCCCUUGAGCUUGAGGUAGAUACCACCCACAGCUUUGCUAGCAGUCCCUUGGGUAUGAUGGAGCUUUAUGAGGCGGCCCAUUAUGAGCCGGGGUCAGAAGAAGCUAUCUACCACGAAACUCGUGCCGAUAACUACUUUGAAAAGGGAGCCAAAGUGAACAGCUAUUUUGGUCAAGUGAUCAACUCGAUUCGCCACUCGUUUACUCCAGAAGAUAAAAUGGAAGUGCUCCCAAAGAUUUCCAAAUUUGCCAAAAGCGGUCCCUUGGCGGCUUAUUGGGCUGGCGCGUUAUGGGAGGAUCUAGAAAUCGAGGCCCAAACAAACAAGGAUGUCCAGGAAUGGUUCCAAAAUACACAUCUUGACCUGAAUGUGGCUGCUUUGUAUCGUAGUGUCUGUGAAUGGACUGAAGACUAUCACUCACCUAUUCGAUGGGCCCAACGAUCUUAUGCCGAGGGCCUGGACGCAUCCUACCUAGGGUUUUUGGUAACAGCUGAGCAGGGGUACGACUCAGCUCAAUUCAACCUCGGAGACUUGCUGGAUGUGUAUCACUCUGCUCUACCGGUUCCUUGGUUGCGAGCCUGGCCGGUUCCUGACUUUGUCAAAAACCGAGCUGAAAGCGCGCUCACGUUCUUUACACGAGCUGCACAACGCUCUAUGGAUGCUAUGAUGAAAGUAGCAGAUUAUUACUAUUACGGCACAGGUACCGAAAAAGACCUGACCAGGGCGUUCGAGUAUUACACUGACCAGGCCCGCCGAACGUUCCGAGCGAGCUCCAUGGCAUACUUCAAUAUUGCUUGGAUGUACGAACAUGGCGAGGGAGUCAACCAAGAUUCGCAUUUGGCUAAGCGGUACUAUGAUUUGAGCGCAAGUGCCAACUCCAAUGCUUUUCUUUUAGUCCAGAUGGCACUAGUGCGGCUUCGCUGGAAAUUACUUUGGCAGCGACUUCUAGGAGUUGAAGUGCCAAACCAAGAACCCGAGGCCCCUCGAAAAUCUUUCUGGGAGGGCCUUCAAAUGAUGCGUGCCACGUUCAAAGAUCUCAAAGCAUCACGGCCUCAGGUUGUUUUUGAAGAGGAAGUUGAGGAGCCUCUGACGCUAGAAAAUUUCACUACAGACCUCUACUUUUUCGGAGUGUGUCUUCUGUUUAUGGCUGUUGCGGUUGCUUUCCGUAUUAGGCGCAACCGUCUUAUGGCUCGUCAAGCAGCGGGUUUAGCAGAGCCAGCGGAACCCGUCGAGCAAGCAGCGCCGGCAGCGCCGGCCCCCGACGAAAACCACCAUCAAAAUGACGAGGCAGCCAACAUCCCCGAGGUGCCAGCACCCUAA